AUGUUGCUGGUAGCUGACCGGCUGGAGGGUGUGUGUGUUGUUACAGAUGCCAUGUUGCUGGUAGCUGACCGGCUGGAGUGGGUGUGUGUGUGUGUGUGUGUGUGUUGUUACAGAUGCCAUGUUGCUGGUAGCUGACCGGCUGGAGGGUGUGUGUGUGUGUGUGUUGUUACAGAUGCCAUGUUGCUGGUAGCUGACCGGCUGGAGGGUGUGUGUGUUGUUACAGAUGCCAUGUUGCUGGUAGCUGACCGGCUGGAAGGCCCCUUCAACAUCGAAGCCAUUAUGGAACCCAUAGAUGUGAAGAUCUCUGAAGCCAUCAUGACCAUGCAAGACAACAGCAUGACAGUUUCAGCUAAGGUGUUCCAGGGGUGUGGUCAGCCCAAGCCGUCUGGGAUGGGCAGCAGCAGAUCAGCCAGGGGGAUCUCUGAUGUCUUCAACGCCCGAUUCAGACCCUACAGCCCAGAGGAGAGACCCACCACGGCCGCUGGCACCAGCCUGGACAGACUGAGGACAGUGUGGAGGACAAUGCAACACAGCGUAAGCCUUCCUUCCAAUCCGCCUCUUACCUCAUCUCAUCAGUCUGGUGGAUCUGUCCUCUUCCUACUUGUCAACAUUACUCUCAGAGAGAUAUCUGUAAUGUCUGAUGCUGCUACAGGAGGCUGUCGUCUAGCUGAAGUGUCUGAUGCUGCUACAGGAGGCU